AUGCAGAAGUGUGUAUUAGUUUGGUUUAUUAUUAUUUGACAAACAUGUCGAAGGUCUUAGUCACAAUUAGUGUAUUCUUGAUGAUCAUGACAGAAAUGGGCACAGUGCUUGUGCAGAGUGAAAAAGAAAAUGGUGUUGAUAGCAUUUUAGACGGAAAGAAAACAGUGCGUGUUAAAAAUGAUUUGAAUAAUGGUAUUGUUAUGUAUCUCCAUUGUCGAUCGAAGGAUGAUGAUCUUGGUCAACAUGUUCUUGCUGUUGGAAAAGACCAAGAAUGGUCCUUUCGAGACAACAUUGGUGAUACCACUCUUUUCUGGUGCACGUUGGAUGCAGCAAGUUGGGAAUUCAAGUUUGAAAUUUACAGUGCCAAAAGGGAUACAAAGUGUACUUCCCAAUGUAACCGAAGUAUCAGAUCUGAUGGAGCUUAUUUUUGGAAUCAGCUUGAUCAAGUCUGGGAGAAGAGAUUCUCAUGGAACAUACAUCUCUAAAAAUUUUACUCAACUAAAAAAUUAAAUAAAAUAUUUUCUUCCUUUUUUGCCAAUUAAUUGUGGCGUUUCUUAUUUUAUUACUUUUUAUGAC